GGCGGGAUGCGUUCAGUCACAAUAUCUUGAUGAAUGCCGUUCUCCAUGUCGACCCGCCGCCGGUCAGUCGAUGCUACAAGUAUGCACCUGACUUGUGUGACACGAAGUCUCGCGAGAGUAGUUAGUCGAAUUGGCAGCGGAUGGGCAUGACAAUACCGGGCGCGAGAAGAACAAAGAUACGUGGAUUAAGUCUGAUGACGAGGCAUGGUUCUGGAUUCUUCAAAUUGAGAGAACCAUUAUGUCGAGACCAUCAUAAUCUAGCAUCCUGGUGGGUAGUCAGGAGUGCGUGGCAGAGGCGGAUCUCUUGAGCUUGAGGUCAGCGCUGUCCUGGACGGAAAGGCUACGUGAAUGGUGACCGCUGGCUGUACGUAUACGCGUCCCGUAAAAAUAGGGUCACGGCGACGAGGAGAAGGGGCCCGGAAGUCUUCGGACCUCGCUGAGGCUCGCUGUCGUCGGUGGAAGUAAGUAAAGCGAC